AACACGAGGUGGAAGAAGCGAAUGAAGCCAUGGAAGUGGAAGAAAUCAUGGUAAAAAAGAAGAAGAUGGAGAAGCUCAAGAUCAAAUCCACCAUGGUAGAAGAAGGCUCUACCAUAAAGAAAGAAAGGAAAAUCUUACGAAAGGAGAAAGAGAGGAGAUAUAGGCCUUGUACAUUAAAUCUUCAAGAGCUGGAUUUUACUUUACGAGGAUUUAGGGUUCUUCGUUUCUUCGUCUACGGAGUUAUGGCGGCUCCCGCGGCCAAGAAGCUCAAUCUCAUCACGAAGAUGGCGCUCCAGACGGCCGGUAAUGCCAAGGUUUGCUGGUAUCCGGGGCAUAUGGUCAAGGCGAUGCGCGAUAUCCAGCAGCGCUUCAAGUAUGUGGAUCUGGUGCUGGAAAUUCGCGAUGCUAGGAUUCCGCUUUCCUCCGCGAACGAUGAGCUUGGAGAGUUUAUUUCGAAGAAGAAGCAUGUCAUUGUGAUGAACAAGAUGGAUUUGGCGUCUUCGAAUAUGAUCCAUAAUUGGAAGAAAUACUUUGAAGCUCAAGGCCAGGUUCCCAUCUAUGUAAACGCUCACUCGAAACACUCGGUCCACAGUAUGGUUGUUGAUAUCAAGGAGCGUUUAGCUGGUGCUAUCCAAAAGGAGGCCACGCUUCUUGUGAUGAUAGCCGGCAUUCCAAAUGUUGGAAAGUCUGUGCUCACGAAUGCUUUAUAUCAGGCCACAGUGCAGGGCAGGCCUAAGAAGGCUCAAGUUGGCCCGCUUCCUGGUGUUACCAAGAUCAUUUCAGGAUUCAAGAUAGGCCAGUGUCCCAGUAUUUAUUUGCUAGAUACACCAGGAGUUUUGAUUCCGAACAUCAAGAGUGUGGAAACUGGAUUGAAGCUGGCUAUAACAGGCGCUGUCAAGGACUCCGUUAUCGGCGAAGAUCGACUUGCCAGAUACUUGCUGGCGCUGCUAAACAUUCGAAGGCCAGUGUUUGCGAAGAAACUAAAGCCAAAUGCCAGAGACUACGGCCACUGGGAAGUGAAAGGAUGCUCCCCGCAGGAACGAGCCGUCCGCGAGGCUAUCACCUCCCUGAUGAUCAACUUCGACGGCGAUCUGGAAGACGAGGACGCGAUGACAGAGCUGAUCGACAACCAGAUGUACGAGCUGCGAAAGACCUUCAGAGUCCCGCAGUCGGACGGAUACGAGGGGUACAACAAAGUUGCCAGAAGACUGCUACAGUUUUACAGGGGUGGCAAGCUGGGAUCAUACGUGUGGGACAUACUUCCAGAGGGUGCUUAAGCGUGCGGGGGGUGAAGUGAAACAGACGUGGCCAUUGCUCGGCCGCCUUCACAUGGCGGGGGUGAUAUAGGUGCAAUGCAAGCUGCCAAGAGAGGACGGGUGAAGUGCCGUUUUUGGGGAUCAGGGACGAAGAGACUGAGCGCAGCAGAACUCUUAGACAACAACCGGGGUCAAGUGGGCCUUGCAAACACGUCGGAGCACAACUUGUUUGACCUCCGCGGCUGCUGAAUCGAUCCAUUACAAAUCUCUGGCGUCAAUAGGGAGCUUGGCGAUUGUUACACGCAACAAAAUGAAGCAGAUCUACCUGUGAAGCUUUUGGAAUGGCCUGCACAGAAGGGAAUGAGGUGGAUUUGGUACCUGAAGGACAGCAGACCUCCCAAGAAGGCGAGGAGAAGAAAAGAGAGAAUUUUAAAGCGGGGCAAAGUCUGUUGACGUUUCACCAACUGUGGGGGCUGUGGCGGCUUUUCGCUGUAGCCUUGUCAUAUAACCAACAACGGUGGUUUCGUUUCCAGCUUUGUCUCAGGCGCUAGAUUGCCAAGUUCUGUACGCGACCAAUAAAGAAGCGGGCCUUCCAGCAGCUUAUCUAUCCUGCGGGAGCACACAACACAACAAAGGCCAGCAACAGCAAGGCGAAGGUGAUGAGUUUAAGUUAAGCAUCUCACUUUUCUAGUUUCCUCUCUGCUUUAGUUUUUUCCUGCUUGUGUUUGACUCAGAGGUUGAGUAAUUGGUGCUUUGAGUGGAGAAGUGAUUGAUUGAUUGUGUUGGGGUUGCUUACUUCACUUUGCAUUGCUCACCAGUAGGGGCGCUAGGACUGUUUGAGAUGACAUGAUCCUCCCAAGAAUGAGGGAGAAUUAUAAGCUAGCAUCAGCUAAAGAGAUGAGAAAGAGGAGGCUCAGCAAACAAGACGAUGAGAUUGGGAAUGAAGGGAUUUGAGGAUUUAAGGAUUGGAUUGAGAGUUGCAAGACAAGAAGAGGGGGAAAAUGGAAAUAAAAAAGAAGGUGAAAAACUAAA